GCGGGGCUUGUGCGUCAGGGGGCUGGGUUAACACGCAGCCUCACGUCUUCUGGAGUGUUUCCAUCGUUUCGUCCUCUCGUCCCUCGACCACAUGCUGCAGGAGACCGGUCUGUCCGCACGUUAUGAGACAUAUGUGAAACAUGAGGAGGGAAAUUGCAGCUGUAGUAUUCUUCCUGAAGAGGCUCGUGAAAAAGGGAGGGAAGCUGGAGUCUCACAAAGUCGAGCUCUUUGUCGAGCGGCUGGCUGUUGCGCUGCAGGAGAAGUUCAAGGGGCACUGGUACCCUGAAAACCCCAGCAAAGGACAUGCAUACAGGUGCAUCCGAAUCAACAGGCUCCAGAGGCAGGAUCCAGAGCUCCUUCGGGCAUGUCGGGAGAGUGGGGCUCAAUACGGUGACCUGGGACUGCCCCGUGAACUCACAUUGUGGGUGGACCCUGGAGAGGUCUGUUGCAGAUACGGAGAACAAAAUCCUUUCUUCUCAGUGGCCAAUUUCCCUAGUGAUGGAGAAGAGGACAAAGAUGUUGCAAAGAAGGUGACCAGCGCUUUGGAGAGGGUGACAUCAGACUAUCACUCAGGUUCAUCUUCCGACGAAGAGAGCACACGCACCUCCCCCCUUACUAUUGACUACAGCCACCGUGCUUACCAGGGAAUAAACCCAACUGCUCCUGCAUGGCAUCCCAGAAAAAUGGGACCUGGGAAAAGUCUCAUCCUUCCUCACCAUGGUUUCCCGCUUCGCAGCAGAGCCCCCCACACUUCAAGACAUAAACUGUGGGUUCCCCCCAGCUACAGCGCAGGACCUGGAUACUGGGAAACAAACCUGUCACACCCUUACAUUUAGGAAUAAUAGUGCAUAUUGUUCACACUGGACAUCAAUGCUGAAGAUGACUGACCAAUUUUUUAAAACAUGAAUUUUUACAGUGUAAAUGUUGAUAAUUUUGACCUUUUUUGCACUUUAGACCAUUUGUUAAAGUUUGAAUAAAUCACUUGUAUUAAAUUGGAUAUUGAAAUAGGAAAACUACACAUGUAAUGUAUUUUUACAAUGGGAGACGUUCUUGUAUGCCACUUACUGCGGUCCUUUGUGAUAUGUUUUAUUUAUUCAUAGUGUAGAAUUCUCAGAUGUAUAGGCUUAAAUUUAUGAAGUUUUAUUAAACACAAUUUCCAAGCA